GACAGUUGGUGCCUGUUGGGCCGGCCAAACCUCCUGAACAGCUGGAGUAGGCCGAGGCACCCCUGUUGGUACCCGCUGGUCAGGCCAAACCUCUGUGGCAAUCAGAGCAGGCCUGGGCACUUCCGUUGGUGCCUUCAAGUAAUUUGUUUGCACCCUUUGGGUCAUGAUUUCCAUCAUCUUAGUGCGAAUCUGACGGACUUGUUGAUGCCGGGCAUAGGAUGCCUUUCUGAUCUGAUUGUUGCCUUGAUGGACCCAACACAGAAGAGACAGAGAAGGACCGACAGGUUUGGGGACCAAUAAGCUUUGAUCCUACCCCUUCUGUAUAUAAGGGCGCUGCAUCCAAUAAUCGCUCUCUUAGUUCCGGACUACCAGACUGAGCCGAUCUGUGAUCACAGCUACAAGACAAGCUAGGCCCGAAGCCUUCCACUUCAGCCGCUUUCUAAACCCAGUAAUACAGCAGACAUGUGAUUGUUCCUCUGCGAGCUGGAAACCCUGGAUCUUUAGUGAAGAUGGGCCUCCUAUACUUGGUGGAGCCAGUGAUGGCCAUCUAUUGCUUUGCCAGUUUUGUCAGUUACCCUUUAAUGCAGCAGUACGUGUAUCAGAGAUUCUGGCAGGAUGAGUUUAACAGCACCGUCUACUACGACGACAACAUAUCGCAUUGUGAAACAAACCAAAGUAACCCCAACUAUGUACAUCAAAAGGAGGUCCAAAAAAGAGCAUCCAUGUUCUCCACAACGCUGGAUUUAAGUUCGCUUAUUCCAAGUCUGUUAAUGGCAUUGAUCCUGGUGUCCUACGGGGACCAACAUGGACGUAAAGCAUCACUGCUGCUGCCCUCUAUAGGCGCCUUAAUUACUAUCAGUGCAUACUGCUCAGUUUCUUUCUUCGACCAGCCCCUGGAAAUCUUAUACAUAUCUUCUGUCUUUAGUGGAUUCUUAGGUGGCUUUGCUACAUUUAUUGGGGGCUGCUUUUCUUAUAUAGCAGACAUAGCUAAAGAUGUGCAGAAGAAGAACAUACGCAUCGCUUUUAUUGACAUGAUCCUGGGGGUGUCGAGUGGAGUGGCAGGGAUCACAUCGGGUUAUAUUAUCAGAGCUUUUGGAUUUAAGUGGUCCUUUGCCCUUCCAGCUUUUUUACACUUGCUCAAUAUUUUGUACAUUCUUUUUAUACUAGAAGAGACUGUGAUAAGGUCGGAGUUUCAGCAGAACGUGCUGAGUAAAGAUGGCUUCAGGGAGCUUUUCUCUGGAGUGUUUGUCCUUUUUAAGAAUGCAUCAUGCAGGAAGCGGGUGACCAUAAGCCUGCUCUUGUUUGCUUUCAUGUCCUAUUUGUUUACAAAUUUUGGAGCCGUGAGCCUCUUCACCCUUUAUGAGUUGGACUCUCCUCUCUGUUGGGAUCCAGUACGUAUUGGAUGGGGGUCAGCCCUGUCCACGUUCUGCUUCGUUGGAAGUUUCCUUGGUAUAUUCUUCUUUACACGUUGCCUGAAAGAUGCCUACAUCAUCUUCAUUGGAAUAGCAUCUUGGAUUGGAGGCAUUACUAUGGCUGCCUUCUCCACCACUACAGUCACCAUGAUGUCAGUGAGGCUUCUUCUGCUCUUUUCUGCAAUGCCACUUCCUGUGCUGAGGUCAAUGAUGUCCAAAGUGGUUUUGGAGACUGAGCAAGGAGCUCUGUUUGCUUGCAUUGCUUGUCUGGAGAGUUUAAUAGGAACCCUGACCCUCGCCGUGUUUAACAGCAUCUACUCCGCCACCGUGCUGUGGUUUCAUGGAUUCUGCUUCCUGUUAUCGGCUGUCCUCAGCCUAAUCCCAUUUGGCGUGGUCUGGCUUUUGCUGUGCAUCGGCCAUCAAGAAAGAGACCACGUUCUUCUGAUCAACGAAGAAUCCAGUACAGAAGCGGAAUCGUGAGAUAAUGUCUGAGUCUCGAGCACUUUAAGAGAAUCAGUAAAACUCUUAUGACAUUA